AGGAAUGGUUAUUCAGUUGCCUUUGAGAUGAUCCUGCUGCUGUAAAUGUAGGGCUGAAGAUAAAUGGUGUGGGCAGUAUGGACCUAAUGAACGGACAGUCAAGCAAUGUUAAUAUUGCGGCUACUGCUUCAGAGAAGAGUAGCAGCUCUGAGUCCUUGAGUGACAAAGGUUCAGCUGAACUGAAGAAAAGCUUUGAUGCAGUGGUAUUUGAUGUUCUAAAGGUUACACCAGAAGAAUAUGCGGGUCAGAUAACGCUGAUGGAUGUCCCUGUAUUUAAAGCAAUUCAGCCAGAGGAGCUGGCAAGCUGUGGGUGGAAUAAAAGAGAGAAAUACAGUUCUGCACCAAAUGCUGUUGCUUUCACCAGAAGAUUCAAUCACGUAAGCUUCUGGGUUGUUAGAGAGAUACUCCAUGCACAAACUUUAAAAAUAAGAGCUGAGGUUUUGAGCCACUAUAUUAAAACUGCGAAGAAACUCUAUGAGCUGAAUAAUCUGCAUGCACUUAUGGCAGUUGUGUCAGGCCUGCAGAGUGCUCCAAUCUUCAGGCUGACUAAAACGUGGGCGUUAUUGAGUCGGAAGGAUAAAGCCACCUUUGAAAAGCUGGAGUAUGUUAUGAGUAAAGAAGAUAAUUACAAAAGGCUUAGAGACUAUAUCAGCAGCUUGAAGAUGACUCCUUGUAUUCCCUAUUUAGGUAUUUUUCUGUCAGACUUGACAUAUAUUGACUCUGCAUACCCAUCAACAGGGAGCAUUCUGGAAAGUGAGCAAAGAACCAACUUAAUGAACAACAUUCUUCGAAUUAUCUCAGAUUUACAGCAGUCAUGUGAAUAUGAUAUUCCUCUAUUGCCUCAUGUCCAAAAGUAUCUAAACUCAGUUCAGUACAUAGAAGAACUACAAAAGUUUGUAGAAGAUGACAAUUACAAACUUUCAUUGAAGAUAGAACCAGGGACGAGCACCCCCCACUCUGCUGCUUCUAGAGAAGAUUUAGUAGGCUCUGAAGUCGGAGCAUCUCCACAAAGUGGACGGAAAAAUGUUGCAGCUGAAGGAGCCUUGCUACCACCAACACCCCCUUCGCCUAGGAACCUGAUACAGCAUGGACAUCGGAAAUGUCAUAGUCUGGGAUACAAUUUCAUACACAAAAUGAAUACAGCUGAAUUUAAAAGCGCAACAUUCCCCAAUUCAGGACCAAGGCACCUACUGGAUGACAGCGUCAUGGAGCCUCAUGUCCCAUCCCGAGGGCAGGCAGAAAGCUCCACCCUUUCUAGUGGAAUCUCAAUAGGUAGCAGUGAUGGUUCUGAACUCAGUGAAGAGACUUCCUGGCCAGCAUUUGAAAGGAACAGGUUGUACCAUUCUCUCGGUCCGGGGACAAGAGUGUCACGAAAUGGCUAUCGAGGCCACAUGAAGGCCAGCAGCUCCCUAGAAUCUGAAGAUUUGGCUGUUCAUUUGUAUCCAGGAGCAGUUACUAUUCAAGGUGUUCUCAGAAGGAAGACUUUGUUGAAAGAAGGCAAAAAACCUACAGUGGCAUCUUGGACAAAGUACUGGGUAGCACUGUGUGGAACCCAGCUCUUUUACUACGCUGCAAAAUCUCUGAAGGCCACAGAGAGAAAACAUUUCAAAUCCACGCCGAGUAAGAAUGUGUCAGUGGUGGGCUGGAUGGUGAUGAUGGCAGAUGACCCUGAACAUCCAGAUCUCUUCUUAUUGACCGAUUCUGAGAAGGGAAAUUCAUAUAAAUUUCAAGCUGGAAACAGAAUGAAUGCAAUGCUCUGGUUUAAGCACCUGAGUGCUGCCUGCCAAAGCAACAGACAACAGGUUCCUGCCAACUUGAUGACCUUUGAAUAAUAGGCUAAUUCGAAACAAAAAAAAGAACAAUUGGAACCAUCUCAUAAUUGAGAACGAGGUCCUGAUGAAAAAUGUGCCAGCUGUAUUUUGUGCUAGAACGGAGCCUGUCAACUCGAUCUCUGAACUCUGGAGCCCUGAACAAAACCACUAAAGGUUGGGGAGUAGAGUCCCCCAAAUUAAAAAUGGAGUUGCAACAUGAAUUGCCAUGGACCAUGCUUCGUUAUAUUCUCUGAACUGACCUGUGGAAACCACUGCCUUAAAGAGUGAAAGGAAAAACAACAUGAAACACCAAAUAGUGUGUGUGAAACUUCUGGCGGUGCUGUGCUUGAGUUAAAUAGAUUGUAGCUAGUUUGAGUUUCUUUUAACUUUAUACUAAUUUUGAAAAUAACUCACCUUUUUAGGCAUUCUUAAGAAAACAAGUAAACUGGUAUUUAAGAGUUGUAUCAAAAGCUAUGUAUGAGCCAGGUAAAAGAGGUACUACAUGUUCUAGAGAUGUUGUUUAGACUAUACCAGGAGUUCUUGAUGGGAGCUCGUCCCAGGCACACUGAGCAUGGAGCAAUGUUAUUUCUCUCAGACCUACAAAUGUAAGAAAUGUAACAACUGCAAGUUUAAAAUAGCAGUAAACUUGCAAACCAUAGUACUGUAUGGGAGCCAUAUUCCCUACAAGUGGCACAAAGGCUGAGCACUUACACACCAAAAACUUUUUUGGUACGUUGUUACCUAAUUCCUGGUUAGAAAUGUAGUUCACGUGUUUUGGGUGGUCGGGGUGUGUGUGUGUGGAAGAGAUGAAACUGAAAGCACUGUUGGGUCAGAACUGAGUGUUUUCUUCCCAUUUGUUUCUACACCUGUCACUCUCCUACAUAUGAAGGUUGAAUGACAAAAAAAAACCAACACUUGGAUAUAGUUCACUGAGACAUUUUCCUUCUCUGGGUAUCUGUUAAUUAUCAAUUGGGGACCACUGUCAGUGGAUGGUGUUUCUUAAUAUCACUUAAGUUUUUAACAGAUAGAGGCACAAUUUCAAGCUUUCAUGUUCUCAUUUGGCAAUAAUUGAUUUUUAGUAAUCGGUCUUGGUCAAAAUAGUUGACAUUGUGUGGUAUUGCUAACAUGGCCUAAAGCAGACCUGACAUGCAGAAGCUCUUUUGAUCUACAGGCAAAUAAUUCAUUCAUUAGAAGGUAGGAUAACCUAUGGAGAGAAAAGGUGUGGGACUAUCAAAAUUCUAUCCUUAACAGGAUAGUUCUUGGUCACUGAAGUUACUCACAGAGAAAAACUUUAUGGUUGUAAAAAGGGAGCCGUGCUUUAUCUGUGUGUUUUUUGCUUACGACUUUGAUUCUUGCUUUAUUUGGGUUUCCUUGACAUCACCUACAUCUAGUUUCCUGGAUGAUUAGUCUGUCUUUAAUCUUCAAAAAUAUGAUGUUUGUAAAGCAAGGAAACAUUGUCCAAAAUAUGACUCUGAUAUCAGAACUCUGAAGUCUGUGAAAAAGUAGUAACUGUUCCAUUGGCAUUGUGGUUUAGUGGCCGUAAAUACGCUUGCAGAUUCCACCAUGAAUACUCCUUUUUAUAAAAAAGAAACAAGCUACCUACCAGUCUGUGGCAGAGUUCUCUGACUAUCUAAUAAAGGUUUCUACUAGUAGUGAUCAUUU